AUGGAAGGCACUUUAGGCACAUGGAAGGCACUUUUAGGGCACAUGCAGCCACAUGCGGGGCACAAUAAAUUAUAUGGUAUUGAGCUCUUUGAUGAUGUGUUGCUAGAUGAGACUAUGAGUGUGGUUGGACAUUAUAAAGCCAUAAGUCCACCUCAAGUGAAAUUAGAGCAAGUAGGGACAAAUGUUGAUCUUGGGUUACAAGUGAUGGAAAUAAAGUCAUGUGUGCGUCAAUUGCAAAUGGCUGUGGUGCCUACUGGUAAAACAAGACGUGCUCUUGUUGACAGACAACGAUUGUCAGGGACGGCGGCGCGUCAGCAUAGGCUGAGGGAGGCC